AUGGCUACCAAUACUAUGAAAGCACUUCAAUUGACACGAGCUGUACCGAAUACGGCGCCAACACUCGCAAAAGCAAUUUUGCCUAUUCCUCGUGUCAAGCCUGGUUAUGCACUCGUCCAAAUACACUAUGCCUCCAUUCAACCAUCUGAUCGCAUGAAUGCCCAAGGCGGUUUUCCAUACACUACAUAUACUCGAAUUCCAGGCCGUGACUAUUCAGGGGUUGUCAUUGAAGUUGCAGAGGAGACUAGCGAAGCCAAAUCAUGGAUUGGCAAGAGCGUCUACGGCACAGGUGGAUCAACGCUAGGCUUCACCGUUGACGGGACACACGCUCAAUACUGUUUACUUCCGUAUGGGGCCCUUGUUGAGAAGCCCGCUCCUUUAUCACACAUCCAAGCUGCUACUGUCGGAGUGCCUUUUACGACUGCAAUACUUUGCAUUCGACGAGCGCAAGUCAACAAAGACGAUAUUGUACUUGUGUUGGGCUCCAGUGGGGCUGUUGGAUCUGCGGUUGUGCAAAUCGCAAAGGCAAUGGGUGCAAAGCAAGUCUUGACAGCGGCGAGACGCGAGAACUCAAACCUUGAUAUUGUUUUGAGUGGUGAUAUUUCCGCUUUGCUCAAGGAUCGAGUCUCACGUCUUACUAAUGGACAAGGCGUUGAUGUAGUUAUUGACACCGUGGGAGAUUUGAGUCUAAUGUCAGCGGCAAUGGAACAACUGGUCUUGAAUGGACGUUAUACUUGGAUUGCUGCCCCCAGAGGAGAUGUUGAUAAGUCUAUUUCAUUGGAUAUUUUCCAAGCUUAUCGAAAGGGAUUAUCACUCCUGGGGUGUAACUCGAUCACAUCUUCUGUUGAGGAGACGGCGGACCAAUUCCGGUUUAUGAGUGAUUGGAUUGACCAAGGAUUAAUCAAAGCGCAGGACGAGAGCGACUUUGAGAGGAUCGAGUUGGAUAAUGCUAUCCAUGCCGGAUAUGGGAAAACUGGCAAGGUAGUCAUUGACAUGGCAUAA